UGUGGCAUUUGUGCAGCUCAGAAUUAAACAUAAUAUAUGUUUUUUAUCAUUAUACUAGUAAUUUAAAGCCUAUUUUACAUAAAACAUAGAAAAUUUGUGAAAACAUUGCAGUGUUAAUAAUUCAAUUUUAAGAAUAAAGCAAAGCAUUAAAGCCACUGAAGUAGCUGAAUGCUGAACAACACGAGCAACACUAAAUAGACUAUUAUGUAAAUGAGUUGUUAUGGUUAGUGUUUUAUAAUUUUGAUGUUAAAACAUUAAAAUCAUUUUAAAAUAUGUAAAUCGAACUGAAAAGAAAAGUGUAAAUUGCUGUUUUUCAUUGAAUAUUUGGUAUCAAUUGAUAACCAUGAAAGGGGUAAUAAUCAUUCUCGCAGCGUAUUUCUUGUAUUAUUGCAAAGGUGCCACCGUCACCUUUAAUGUGAAAAGCAAUGUGCUCAACGAUCGACCGAUUAUUGGUGUAUUGUCCCAAGAACAAUCGUUUUAUUUGCACUCGAAAUAUCCCGACGAAAAUUAUACGAGCUACAUAGCAUCUUCUUAUGUUAAGGAUAUUGAAUCAGCGGGUGCUAGAGUUGUGCCAAUCUUGAUUGGUAAAGAUCGUGGCUACUAUGAAGAACUUAUGAAGAAGAUUAAUGGGGUAUUCUUGCCAGGUGGAGCAACAUUCUUCAAUCAAUCAAACGGCUUCGCUGACGCUGGUCAGCAUAUUUACGAAAUCGCAAAGAAAUUGAACGACAAUGGAGAUUAUUUUCCGAUAUUCGGAACAUGUUUGGGCUUCGAGUUGCUUAUUAUUAUAGCUUCAGGACGAGGUGAAAUCGAAAAUAGAAUAAGAUGUUAUUCUCAUAGUAAUCUUCCACUUAAUUUUACUCAGGACUACCGUAGUAGCAAAAUGUUCAAGGAAACUCCACUUGAUAUUAUUAAUAUAUUGAAAACCAAAGAUGUCACCGUGAAUGCUCAUCAGUUUUGCAUAGUCGACGAAAACUUAAAAUCUCACAACCUUACCAACGAUUGGCGGGUGACUGCUCACAGCAAUGACGACUACAACGUCGAAUUCAUCGCGAGCGUCGAACACAGGAGAUAUCCAUUUUACGGGGUGCAGUUCCACCCAGAGAAGAGUGCGUUUGAAUGGAAACUCUCGAAGAAAUAUCCGCAUUCGUACGAGGCUGUGAAAGCCAACCGUUACUUUAUGGACUUCUUCGUCCAGGAAUGUAGAAAAAGUCAACAUUCUUUCGCCAGCGCCGCCGAAGAAAAUCGUUACUUAAUUUACAAUUACGAACCACGUUUUACGGGUGACCUCGGAAGUGCGUACCAUCAAUGCUAUUUCUUCGAACCCAAAGGAACAGUUUCAUAUAAAAAUUAAUAUAAAAAUAUAUUAUAAUCAAUUGCGUGUAUGCAAAAAAAGUAAAGUUUAAUAAAGUUUAAAAAAUGUGACUUCCAUAUAGUUAAUAGU